GGGGAUCACCGUCCAACUGGUAAAGCUAAAGGGCGGUUAGGUCUGUUGGGAUUAGAAUACCUAGCUGCUCUUCGCUAUCGAUAUGCAGUUUCCAAAUCCCAAUUUCCAAAUUCAAAUUGUCCUUAAUUUCGCAAACCCGCUUCGUUUCUUGUCCCCCCCUCCUCCCAGAAAACGAGCAGAAUAUUUAGUAUAACAGAUAUUACGAUAAAACAAUCACGAUGUCUACAACUACAACUGUCACACAGAACAUCCCGACGGCGGAAGCGCUUCUUCGUCUUUUCCCAGACAUAGACACCAGCUCUGCCGAGCUAGAAGGUCACGAUGCCGAGCAGAUUCGACUUAUGGAGGAGGUAUGCAUUGUUCUCGAUAACAAUGACAACCCGAUUGGAACCGCUAGCAAGAAACUCUGCCAUCUCAUGACGAAUAUCGACAAGGGUCUACUACACCGGGCCUUCUCUGUCUUCCUCUUCGAUGAUCAGAACCGAUUACUCCUCCAGCAGCGUGCGUCUGAAAAGAUCACGUUCCCUGACAUGUGGACGAAUACGUGCUGCUCUCACCCCUUGGGAAUCCCCGGCGAAACUGGCUCCAACCUUCCGGACUCGAUCGACGGUGUGAAGCGUGCUGCGCAGCGAAAACUCGACCAGGAGCUGGGCAUUAAGAAAGAGCAGGUGCCGUUUGAAGAUUUCCACUUCUUAACACGAAUCCAUUAUAAAGCCCCCAGCGAUGGGAAAUGGGGCGAACACGAGAUUGACUAUAUCCUUUUUAUCAAGGCCAACGUUAAUCUUAAUACCAACCCUAACGAAGUGAGGGAUACUAAAUAUGUCACUGCCGAUGAGCUGAAGACUCUCUUCAAAGACCCGACAUUAAAGUUUACUCCUUGGUUCAAGCUCAUAUGCCAAUCGAUGCUCUUCGAAUGGUGGGAGAACCUCGACUCCGGACUCGAGAAGUACAGCAACGAGCAGGAGAUUAGGCGCAUGUGAAGCAGCAUGUAAAUCAGGGUUCAACUGAUGAAAGGAAGGAGAAAAAUCGAAUUAUUUUUUUUGUUCACCUUUUUUUCUUUCUGAUUUUUACUACUUACCUUGGAAAGGAUGAAAAAGCCUCAUCUAGACUAGAGCACAUUGUUUCUACGCCCAAUGGGCGGACCACAUAUUUCCGUAGAUAUCCCUUUUUAUGCCCCCUAUCGCAUUCGAAGCGUAGGGUUCCAACUGCUUUUCAAUUGUUUCAAAAAAUGCAAGACCCCGUUAACAUAAUAACCAAUCAUAUAAGUACUAUACCUUAGGUACUUACUAUGUAAUAUCUUGAUGUAAGAUUAACUU